CCAGUUUUCAUGCAUUCAUCACAUAGAAACAGACGUUGCUGGAAAGUACAAAAAUUCCUCCCAUUUCCUCUGAUAAACCCUAACCGAAAUUGGAAGAGUAGGUUGAAGAAUUGAGAGAAUGAGUAACAGAGGGAAGCUGGAAGAGAGCAUGAAGACGUUGGAGGAGGGUAUUAAGAAAGUGAAGUUUAUUUUGGAUGGUUACCCUGCCUGUAAGCUGUUCACGUCUGAAGAAUACAUGAGAUAUUAUGACUGUGUUUAUCUCUUGUGCGUUCAACCUCCCCCAUUUGAUUUAUCAGCAGAACUUCUUAAUAGGUAUCAUGCUACCUUGGAUGAGAGUAUAUACUUGAAGGUUCUGCCUUCUCUGAAAGAUAAGAGUGGUACCUCUCUGUUAGCUGAAUUCUUACGUAUCUGGACAAAUUACAAAGCAAUGUUAAAGUGUCUUGGAGGGUUUUUCCUUUACCUUGAUAAAAAAUGCACCGAUCAGAAAAGAUCUGCACCUCUUAAAGAGAUUGCCCUUACCUGUUUCCAGAAUGGGGUUUGCAAUGAUCUCCUUCCCAAAGUUUUUGAUGCUGCACUUUUACUGAUAAGUCAAGACCGAAGGGAGGAACCAAUUGACAGGAGCCUGCUACAGGGCCUCUCUACCUUUUUCGUGGAAAAUGAUGGGCCAAAAAAAGGAACUUACUAUCACAUGUUUGAGGAGAAAUUGCUUACAGAUACAUCCAGUUGCUACACUCGAAUUGCCUCUGAGUGGCUCCAUAGCUAUUCUUCAGCAGAUUAUAUAUUGAAGGUCGAAGGGUGUUUGAAUGAUGAAAAAGGAAGGUUGAGUCAGUUCCUCUAUCCUUCCUCUGUAGAGAAGCUACUUCAGGUUGUGCAUCUGAAGUUGAUUGGUGAAAUGACAAGCCAGCUGAUUGAAAAACAGAAGGCUGAGAACAACCUCAACUCAACAAGAUAUCAGGAAUUACUGUCCAGAUGUGCAAAUUUAAACAUUGGGUAAAGAAGUGCGACAUAUUUAGCGAGAUUAUAGUGUUCGAUAGUACCUCAGAAAACUAUGAUAGGAAAACGGAACAGAAAAACACUAACAAAAGCCCCAACAGUGUUAUAGACCAGUGAAGAUUCUGAUGAUCUCUCCCACCCUCUAUUUUUUGCGGCUCCUCUCGUGGUGCUGUUUGGUGUUAGGCUCCUAAUUCCUUUUUUGGCAAUAUUCAUAUCUCAGUGUCUAUCUAGGGAUUUAGCAGAGCAAAAAUAUUUACUAUUUAGCGGUUCUGAUUACUUAGAAAAAUAACAUUUACUAUCUAGGGUUAAUGAACUUUACCAAUUUGCACAUUUCUGCAGUGUAUAGUAUACACCUCAUACGAGGAGAAGAUACUUGUAUGUUGCACAUAUGCUGAUACAUAUUUUGCAGACUCUGACGAGUGGAUCAUGAUUUACCAAAAACCUGCAUUAGCUCGGAUAUUAUAACAGCCUUA